AUGAAUCAAGAAAGAAAACAUCACUUUUAAGAUAAACAUAUUGAAAUCCUAUGGAGAAUAACAUAAGGUAUGUAUAAUUCAUUAAAAUAGAUAAUCAAAUCUAAAAUUAAUAAAUUUAAUUUGAAUACGUUUAGGCAAAAUACAAUGAAGAUUUAGGGUUUGGUAUUGGGGUUGGAGGCAAUGUAAAAAUGAGUAAUGGAUAAAAAUAUUUGGCUUUUCCUGACGAACAAGGUAAAGUAAAUAUUUUGGUCGAUAAUUAAUGGGUGCCAUUAGAAAAAAAUUUAGCAGAAUUUUAAUAAUACAUCCCGGAUUAAAUCUAAUAAUAAAUCCCAUAAUAUAAUUAACUUAAUAAUGAACCAUCAUUAUAUGUUGAAAUAAGAGAUUAGAAUAACUUCAAAAAAUAUAGAGGACAUAUAACAGUUAGUGAUUAUGUAUCGCAAACUCAAAGUCUUGGAGAGGAAUUAGAGGAUUUAUAUUUAGAAAUAGAGAAAAAUAUUUAAAGCAUUUUUGAUAAGAAUAGCUCUGUAUUUUUAAAUAUGAUGCAUAAAGAUCCUUAAUUGGAAUUCAAAUUAAAAAUGGGAAAAGGAAAGAAAUUAAUCGAUUUUUUUAUACCAAUUAAAUUAACUUUGGUGGAGUAAAAUCAGGAAGAAAGAGAAAAAUUAUAAAAAGAAAUAAAAUUAUAUAAAUAAAAUAAGAGAUUGGAAAAUAUUGAAUAGAAUGUGAACUAAUUAUAAUAAAAUUUAACAGACCAUAGUUAAAGAAUUGGAUUCAUAUCACAAGAACUUGGAAAUUAGAAAACAGAACUAUAUAAUAAAAUAUAAAAUGUAGAAUUAAAUUUUUAGUAUCAAUACCAAAAAUUUCUUCAAUAAAAGUAAAAUCAAUUUAAAAAAUUUUCAAUAAAUCAAAUGAAAAAAGUUAAAGAAUAAGAUUAUAUCUAUAUAAUUUAAAAACUUAAAGGGUAAUGUGAAUUUGAAUUAUUACUUGUUGAUGAUGAAAUUGAAUUUUAAGUUGGUGUUAUAGAAGAUGAUGAUUUGGAUAAUAUUGAAAAGAAAAACAAAUCUUAUUUUGUUGUAUUACCUGAUGGAAAAUUUACAAGAGGAACUAGAGAGUUUGGAAAUUUUUUCACUCAUCAAUUAUAAUUAGAAGACAAACUAGGAUUAAGAGUUGACACAUUUUAACGUACAUUUUAACUGGUUAUUAAUGAUUAUCCUUUUCCUCCAGUCAAAAUUAAUAAAUCAAUAUAGGAAUAUUCAUUUAUUAUAAAAAGUUCUGAGAAGUUAAAUAGAUUUGCUGAAGACACAAAUUAAUCAUGA